AUGAUUCCACAGGAGGGUGAAAUGAAAGAAGUGAACCAGGGGAACUCUGUCAAGGAAAGGGACCUCCGUCGGGAAAAGGGAACUCCGUCGGGAAAGGGAACUCCGUCGGGAAAGGGAACUCCAUCGGGAAAGGGAACUUCGUCGGGAAAGGGAACUUCUUCGGGAAAGGGAACUUCGUCGGGAAAGGGACCUCCGUCGGGAAAGGGACCUCCGUCGGGAAAGGGACCUCCGUCGGGAAAGGGACCUCCGUCGGGAAAGGGAACUCCGUCGGGAAAAGGGAACUUCGUCGGGAAAGGGACCUCCGUCGGGAAAGGGAUCUCCGUCGGGAAAGGGACCUCCGUCGGGAAAGGGACCUCCGUCGGGAAAGGGAACUCCGUCUGGAAAGGGAACUCCGUCGGGAAAGAAAACUCCGUCGGGAAAAGGGAACUCCUUCGGGAAAAGGGAACUCCAUCAGGAAAAGGGAUCUCCGUCGGGAAAAGGGAACUCCGUCUGGAAAGGAACUCCGUCAGGAAAGGGAACUCCGUCAGGAAAGGGAACUCCGUCGGGAAAGGGAACUCCGUCAGGAAAGGGAACUCCGUCGGGAAAGGGACCUCCGUCGGGAAAGGGAACUCCGUCGGGAAAGGGACCUCCGUCUGGAAAGGGACUUCCGUCGGGAAAGGGACCUCCGUCGGGAAAGGGGAACUCCAUCGGGAAAGGGAACUCCGUCGGGAAAGGGAACUCCGUCGGGAAAGGGAACUCCGUCGGGAAAGGGACUUCCGUCGGGAAAGGGAACUCCAUCGGGAAAGGGAACUCCGUCGGGAAAGGGAACUCCAUCGGGAAAGGGACCUCCGUCGGGAAAGGGAACUUCGUCGGGAGAGGGACGUCCGUCGGGAAAGGGAACUCCGUCGGGAAAAGGGAACUCCGUCGGGAAAAGGGAACUCCGUCGGGAAAAGGGAACUCCGUCGGGAAAAGGGAACUCCGUCGGGAAAAGGGAACUCCGUCGGGAAAGGGAACCUCCGUCGGGAAAGGGAACUCCGUCGGGAAAGGGACCUCCGUCGGGAAAAGGGACCUCCGUCGGGAAAGGGACCUCCGUCGGGAAAGGGAACUCCGUCGGGAAAAGGGAACUCCGUCGGGAAAGGGAACUCCGUCGGGAAAGGGAACUCCGUCGGGAAAGGGACCUCCGUCGGGAAAGGGAACUCCGUCGGGAAAGGGAACUCCCAUCCUCACGAAAUAAACUUCAACAUCCAACAACCUUACAAACCCGAGAUCCAACUCAAUAUCCUCCUCGAGCGAAUGUCCACACCGAUAUUCUUAACAGAAUCCCUCUAA